AUGUCUAAUCCUCCCCGCUUCAAUAUCGUGGUCUGGAAUACUAACCGACCCGAGCGCCCUCAUCGAGAGCGCCCCAACACUCGGGCACCUAACAAUUUCUCACAUGUCAUGAAUUUCGGUCACAACCGGGAUUCAAAUCCGCCCUCUUCUUCCCCUUCUGCUUCUCCACCAUCCACAUCGACCUCCUACUCGUACUCGCAUUCAGAUUCGUACUGGGACUCAUACACCAACCCGUACCAGAACAAUCAACCCCAGAUGGAAAUAUCAACUCCUGCCAGUCCGCACUUAUCGCCUAUUGAACAACUUGCCCCUUUCUCCAGCUGUGAGAUUUCGGACGCUUUGAUCAAAAUUGGCCUCACGCACAAUGCAAAGGACGCACCGAUCCAGCGCGGAGGGUAUAUACCUGAUAUCAAUAUGUUGUCCCCGUCACCCACAGUCGGUGACGGACAGAACACGAGGAUUUGCGGUUACGCCUAUACUGUCAAGAUGGUAAGAGGUGAUGAUUUACAUGCGCCCAAACCCUCGCAGCACUUCGUCGAUGCAGCCCCGUCAGGAUCCAUAGCAGUGAUUUCCGUCCCACCAAAUGUCAAGUCUGCUGCAUGGGGUGGCCUCAUGACUGCAGGGGCACAAUUCCGGGGCGUAAACGGAGUUAUCAUUGACGGCAGAGUCAGGGAUCUCAUCGAACAUCGCGCGGCCGGUUUCCCCGUUUUUGCCCGGGGUCACUCUACAUUGGGCCAAUCGCCAUUUACACGUCCAUCGGAGCUAAACGUUCCGGUGACAAUCUUACCACGUUCAGAUUUUGAAAAUGCUUUCGAAAACACGUUUUCUGCCGUUGAGGUACACCCAGGUGAUAUUAUAGUGGCUGACAUUGAUGGCGUCGUAUGCAUACCGCGAGAACUACUUGCAAAUGUUAUCGAUAGCUGCCGCUACUCGAAGCAAGUGGAUGAGAAAUGCAUGAUCGAUAUCCAACAGGGCCGUAGCAUACAAGAGACAUUCCAACAUUGGCAAGCUCAAAAGUUAUGGGAAGAAAGAGCGCAAAAUGCAUUAAAUGAAUUGGAAACGGGGAGGAGUCGGCCUUUGAGGAUUGGGGUCUGGGGAGAUGCACUGUCUGGGGCUAGCGAAAUUAUUACUGCGUUGUUGGACGAUCCGCUUUCUGACGAUACAGUCCAGAGGCAUUUGCUACAUCGGAGAUGGGACGCAGCGGUACAAAAUCAAGUCAUUCAUAUCAGGAAGAACUCCUUUGCUUCGUGGGACGGGCAAGUUUUGGGUAUCAAAUCCAAUUGGCUUCAAAAUAUAAACGGGGAGAUCAUCGAAUGCCGCGGCAGGAAUGCGCUUGAUACUCUCCUAUCUUGUGACCACAUCAUACUCGUCACCGACAAUUUGCGGAGGAUUUCUGCGCCGGGAUUACAAGAAGCCAUAUACGCACUGGCUCACGCACCUUCCGUUAGUUUGGUAGUCACCGAGCGAGCUUCAGGAGUACCCACAGUGCCGGAUGAGUUUAACGGACUUAAACCCACUAUGAUUAAGCCCAAUCUGGCUAUCGGCGGUCUUGACGCAUUCUCAAAGGGAGAUGUAAGCCAAUACCAGACUCUGCUGAUGGCGUCAGGUCUGCCCCAAUUCACCCAGCAAAUCUCGAGCAUGUAUGCAGAAUCCAAUCAACCAUCUUCGCCUUCAUCAACAGCAUCCCGAGCGGCGGUUCGUACAUCGACCUAUAUAGCCCGAAUGACUUUUUCAGCAUGUGAAUCCGCGAUCGAUAACGCUCAACAGUCGCUUGUGGACAUGGUAACACCUCUUGUGCCCUUGAAAACAGAGGUCUCAAAAAUCAGUUUGGAUGCAACACAGUCCACCUUACGUGGGUCUACUACAGUCCACGAGGGCAUCUCAUCCGUUGAAGCGCGGCUCAAGAGUGCAUUCCUUCGUUUGCCCUGGUACUCGCUAUGGUGGCGCGCAGACGAAGUCUCGAGUGUAUUGGGAGAAGCCAUCUCUUGGAGCUCCCUUGGUACCCAACUUUCGUUCCAUUCAGGUCGCCUUGCCAUUAUUCGCGAGCAAAUGCAUAGCAAAGCUCAAGACUUAGCCAAGUUGUCCCCUCUACUAAAGAAUCAACUCGCUCAGAUUCAUGCUCGUACCACGAUCAAUUCCGGUGCACUCUCCUCUCCUCUUUUUCAGCGUACAGCCCAAUUACUCGCACCUGGCGGGCCGGCCGAAGACGCACAAAGAAAAGCUCAGGCUGCCGUAGUGGCUGCAGCCGCCAAUAUUCUAGGAAGUGCAGCUCUGAGCGCGAGCUUAUUUUCCAUCGGGAGUAUAAGUGGCGGAACAGCUAUAGGCGCAGGACUACUCGGGAGUGUAGCUUCUGUUCGAUGGAUGCAGAGUAUGUGGGCGCGUGCAGAGAAGAGGUGGUGGGCGGACUGGUCGAGGGUGUGCGCAGGGCUAGAACGGGAAUGUGAGGCCAAUCUCGAUCAGGUAAUUCACGAACGGGUUAUGGGAUCAGUAACAGCUGGAAUCCAAGGGAUAGAGGCCCUUUCUGCGCGACGGACAGAAAUUAUAUCCGCGUUGAAACAAGAGAUGUCAGAGAUUGACAAGGACCUCGUAGUUCUGGAACAGAGGUUAAAAUGA